GUUUCACCUGAAAACCAACACGCGCAUGCGUCAUCAUUUAACAAACAUGGCGGCAAAAUUGUCGUAACGAUUUUUAACAGUUCGGAAAACUCUCGUUUUGGUGGGCUUCCACGCCCUCAAUCUUACAUUUAGUUCAGCGAUUGUGAUUCUCACAAGCCAUGAUGGACUCCGUAGUAGGAGAGGAUCCAACCCUGCCGCUAGAUUUUAACCACAGUACCAACCUGACCAGCCUGCCAGACAACACCAUGGAUGGCAGUCAGCAACAAUCGUUGCGGAACGUAAGCAGCGGACGCAUGUCACCUGUCCGACCCCGCACCAUGAGAGACUACGAAGAGCAAAUAGCAGAACUGAAGAAAGAAAACUUCAGCCUGAAGCUGCGCAUCUAUUUCAUGGAAGAGCGCAUGCAGCACGGAGAAGAGGAGGACAUUGAGAAAACUAACAUUGAGCUGAAGGUUGAAGUUGAAAGUUUGAAAAAAGAGCUACACGACAAACAGGAGCUUCUAGUUAAAGCAUCACAAGCAGUAGAAACGCUCGCAGCGCAGAACGAUGCAGCGGUGCAGCAGGUUCGGCAGGACCAUGGCAGGGAGCUGCAGCAGCUGCGCCACCAGUAUGAGUCCAGACUCACCUCUGCUCAGGAGGAGAACACUCUUCAGAAAAGAGUUGAUGAGGAAACGGAAGGCAAGAUCCUUGACCUUGAAGCUGCUAACCAGGAACUUCAGAACAAGCUGCGCGACCUUGAGAAAGUCAAACAGGACAAGAAGAACCUGCAGGACUCGUCUAAGGAAGCUCUCCAAGAUAAGAACAGUUUACCCCAUGCUCAGUCAGACACAGAAGACUGUUGUUCAUGUUCCCAUCAUAACGACAGGGACUCUUGCAACUGUGUAGACAGAAGCUUUACCCCGAAAAAUACCGACACAGAUCCCAGAACGUUGUUAUGGGUGAUUGACCAGUUGAACCACGCCCUGCGCACCAAGGACCAACUCAUCCAGCAGCUGAACCAGGACAAGGCUGACCUUGUGGCCGAGAAAGUCAAACCUCUCGAAGCUCAAGUUCAGAACCUGACUCAGGAGCUCAGGGUCAAGGAGGGAAACAUGCAGGAUGACAUUAACAGAUAUCAGCAGCAAGUGGAGGUCAGCAAAAAGAACAAUCAGGAAAUCCAGGCCCUUCUUGAGGACCAGCAGAGGAAGCUGGAUGAGUAUGAGAUCGCGGCUGGCCAGAUGACCCGCGAUCACGACAAGAAGGAGAAGGAAAUCAAGGAGUUAGAGAAGCUUGUGUUGGAGGCUGAGGAUGAGAAUGAGGAGCUUAAGAGGAAACUACAAGACAUGGACUCUGAUGUUAAACUCCAGGAGCAGAAUGCUCUCAAACGGGACAAAGCCAUCCAGGGUCUGACGGCGGCCAUUCAGAACAAGAGCAAGGAGAUUGAUGAGCUGUGUGAACAGAUAGAAGAACUUCAGCAGAGUCUGGCCCAGGCCAGGGAGACUGCACACAAGGCACAGCUACAGCAGUUCCAGGGGGUUGAAGAACAACAGCAGGCCCUCAGUGACAAGGAGGCUGAGAUCACUGGUCUGCAGGGCAAGGUUCACGAAAAGGAUGCAGAAAACCAGCAAUUAAAAAAGAGCCUGAGAAAAAAGGAGCAGGAGAUUGACCAGCUCCAGCAGGCAGCUCAGGAGGCAGACGACCAGGCUGACGAGGCCCUCAGGGACAAGGACAGGCAGCUGAGGGACCUUCAGAAACAGCUAAAGGAUACCAGGUCUAGAGCAGACACGGAUCGAGAAAACAUCACCCAACAACACAAGACCCAGUUGGAGGAGACUCAGAGACAACUACAAAGUAAAGAGCAGAUCAUCCAGAGAUUGUCUGCCAGCAUCCAGGAGAAGGACAAAGUCAUCCAGGAGUACAUGCAGAUGGCUCAGGAGCAGGAGAACUCACGGGAUCCCUACUCAGAGAACAAGGACAGCAUCAUCCAGCGGCUGAGAGAGCGGCUGAAGGAGCGCGACAAGGCUGUGGAGGAUGCAAUAGAGGAGAAGUUCCGCACCUUAGAAGCCAAGGAGAAUGACCUUCGCCACCUCAGGGUCAGCCUGCGUGAGCGAGAGAGAGAGCUGGAGCGAGCUAACUCUCUUCUUGCUGGAAAUGAGGAAACCAUCAAUAACCUUGAUGGUAUAAUCAAAGAGAAGGAUGUGGAACUGAGACAGCUUCUGAACCAACUCAAGAGCCAGCAGCGCACCAAUGCUGCCACAGCUGAGGAGCAUGCCCGUGCUCUGCUGGAGAAGGAAGCUGUGAUAGAACAGCUGCAGCACGCACUCAGCAGUAGGGACAAGGAUAUCAAGAAGUUGAGCCAGUCUCUACAGAGCAGCCCCCAGUCCAAGCCCAGAGUGGAUGCCAUGAUUCAGGAGCUCAAAGACAAGCUGGACGAGAGGGACAGAAUGUUGCAGGAGGUAAUGGACGAGAGAAGGAGGGCGUCGUCAGAUGGCCACGCCCACACACAGAGACUUCUGGGUACUAUCAAAGACAAAGAUAACAUGCUGAAGGAGGCCAAUGAGAGAUACAACCAGGUGGUAUCUGAGAAAAAUGGUGAGAUCCAAAAACUCCAGCAGAGACUCAACAAGAGAGAAGCAGAGCUACAGAGUCUGACCAGUGCUCGAGACUGGACAGAACAGGAGCAAAACAAACUGCUGGAGAAGAUGAGGGCAGCACUCAGUGAUAAAGACAGGACCAUUGAGACCUUGGUGGAUAAUGCGAGGGAAAAGGACAAGCUGCUAUCCCAGCUGCAGAUGUCCGGCCCCUCGCAGCUGCGGGGCGAGCACCUGGCAGACACAGUCAGGCAGCUGAAGGACGACAUCAGGAAGAAAGAUGAGCUGAUUGACCGUCUGCAGUCGUCCAGUACAUCAGGCUACGUGUCCACUGAGGACGAUCCCUACGUCCAGUCUCUUCGUAAGGAGCUGGCCAGUAAAGCCAGGCUGCUGUCAGAGACAACGGCUGCUCUACAGUCCUUGCGUGACCAGAAGCCAUCCCAGGGGGAUGUACAGCAGCAGAUGGCACAGCAGACACAGGCCCUUAACAAUGCCCUUAAAGCGGAGAAGCAAGCCAAGCUGGAACUGGCCAAAGUACGUAGAAAAGCUCAGGAACAGGAGGAAGACCUGGGCACCAAGCAGGAGAACAUUGAUGCACUCAUCGAUGCAGUCAGGGCUAAAGACGACAUCAUCAAGGACCUGGAGAGAAAUCAGUUGUCCUCCAGACCAGCACUGCGAGGGGACCAAUCACCAAAGGCCAAACAACAGCUGCAGAGAGGUCUUCAGGAUCAGCUUGAAGAGACCAAGAAGCUGAAUGAGCUGCUGGAUUCAGAACGGAGAAUCUACCAGGACCUCAUCAAGUCUUACAGGGACGAGCUGGGAGCAACAAGAGAUUCUCAAAGCCGAGCGCUGGACAUAGAGCUGGCGGCAGUGCAGACCCUGCGCAGGCAGCUGGAGGAUUAUGUCAGGAGGAACAGCGAGCUUCGGGCCGAACUGGAGAGGAACAUCAACCAGGCAGCACAACAAGUGCUGGAGGCAACAGACUCUCUACGAGACCGUCCUCGGGUCCAGACGUGGAACGCUGCUCUACAGACAAGCAUCGACGACCUGAGGCCGCAGUUUGAGAAAAACAUUCAGACGAGCCCAAAUACACGCUCGACAGACAUUGAGAUCUCCCUCCCCAGUCCGUUGGACGCGUUGAGCGUUUCGGAAUUCUCUACAGCCGAGCUUAAGAGCGAGGUCGCUCGCUUGAGGGGACAGCUACGCAGGAUGCAAGCAAUAAACGACGACUUACAGGCACGUUUGAACGGUGCCAUAAGUGAACAAGUCAGGUCCAUCCCUGUAGGGGAAAACAUCGCAGAGCAACAGACUCUACCCAAACUUGCUAAGGAACUGGAAAGACUAGAGGCCGAGCUUGACAACGCACAGAAGGAAAACCAAGCUUUGCAGGAGGAGCUAGAGGGUGUGAGGAGCAUGACGCCCAUGGGAGAGAAGGGGCUUUUGGCAGAAGUGCAACAGCAGCUAGAGGAUGCAAUAAUGCAGCUAGAGAAGAGCGAAGACGACAAGCUAGCACUGGAGAAGCAGGUAAAAAUGAGCUCUCCCAGCCCGUACCAGGCACAGAUCAGACAACUGGAGAACAAGGUGAUGGAGCUCAUCGAGGAAAACGAACAGCUCAUGAAAGAGUCGCCAGGAAGCAGGUCGGACGAAGAGGUGGACGCCAUGUCGGAGAAGGACCUGCGGACUGAGGUUAAGGGUCUUAAGGACCGUCUUAAAGCUUCCGAAAACCUUGUGGACCUCCUUAAGAAACAGCUGGAGAUGAACUCCGAUCCUGAAAGCGACACUCCAGGGUUCAACCCCGAGCUGAUCGUGCAGCUCGCAGAGGAGAUAGAGAGAUUGAAGGGACAGCUUGAGCAGGCUCGGGGGAGUCAGGGAGAAGUUAGGGACAGGGAGGAAGAAUACUCAGACACCUCCUCACAACUGCCUCGAAAGAGCAAGCUGCCUGUCCUACAGAAGGGAGUGCCUCACGACGCUAACGCAGCUUUGAGACAGCAGAUUGAACAGUUGAAAAUGUCUGAGAAGGAGCUUAAGCUUCUAAACAGAAGAUUACAAGACAAGCUUACCGCCACGGAGGGCACGGUGCGUGCCCAAGCACAGAAACUCAAGACGUACAGAAAGAUGCUUGAAGACGCGGGACUGGUCAAGAAAGUUCCCCGCAAGGCGCAGAGCGAUUCCAACAUUCCCAUGAGCCUCCAAAGGUUCCACAGUCGCUACGCUUCCCAGGAGGGGUUGGACGAUUCGCUGCUGUCGCCCGGUAUUUCCCCGGGGGCGUCUCCGAUGACGCGAUCGCCGGCCACGAGCCUUCUGAGUCUGGAGACCCUACAGGAGUACGGGAACACAGACAACGUGGACGAGCUGAAACAGCAGGUCGCUCAGCUCAAGCAGAGGCUGGAGAAAUCCCGCAGGAUGAUCAGGGGGAUGCAGUCUAGGAUGCGUGGACGUUCCGACGGACAGCUCACGCCAAACCGGUCCUUCGCCCGCUCUAUGGAGACUCUGUCAGAACCAUCGACCAAUGGGGACGCCUUCGAGAAGCUCCGACGGCAGGUGGAGGACCUGAGACAACAGCUGAAGGAGAGCAACGACCUCAACAAGACUCUCGCUGACCAGCUGUCGGUGUCACCCCAGAAGGACACACUCGUCCAGACGCAGGCCAAGGAGCUGUCUCAGCUGCGCAAACAGCUGCGGGACAGCCGCGAGAUGUGCCACCUGCUGCGGGCGCGGCUGGAGGAGCUCACCCGCACGCUGGAGCACCUGCUGUCCGCCAGCGAGGGCGGCGACCCCGACCUGCUGAACCUGACCCAGCAGGAGGCGGAGGGCGUGAUGGCCGAGCUGGAGCGCAGCAUGCACCUCGCCAGGACACUCAAGGACAGGCUGGACGACAACGCGAGCUCUGCCUCGGAUGACUCGUCCCUGCGGAGCCUGAAGGACCAGUACCAGCAGAGCCUGCAGGUCAACCAGGAGCUGCGGGAACAGCUGCAGGAACAGCUCAGGCAGCUGCAGGACAGACCAAGCCCUACCCCACUAAAGCAGGAGGUAGCGGAGCUGAGGUCAGCCCUGGAGGAGCAGCAGGACCAGUACCAGCACCUGCAGGGACAGGUGGCCGACGCCCAGCACCUGCGACGCCAGCUGGCCGAGAACCAGCGCACAGCCGUGGAGCUGAAGGACGAGUUAGAGAGAGCCACGAAAGAUGCCAAAGAGAAGAACAACAUGAUCAGCCGGCUGCGUUCCCAGCUGCGCAGGACACGACCCGUCGGCUCCACCUUCCCACCGUCCGCCUCGGACCAGGCCAGCACCGGCUGGGACAGCGACCAGUCCAACCAGGGCGCUUCCGACGACUUCAGCGGGAUGCACCGCGUCGGCAGCGGUCGGUCAGCCAACCACGGCUCGCAGACCACCAGCGGGAGUGAGGACAACAGGGGGGAACAGCCACUACAGAGGACGCAUCCUCCCAACGGGGGUGAUGAGUACUCAUUGGAACAGCCAGGAAGAAGCCAGCCCAUGUCUGGUGAAGACAAUUUCAUGUUUGCUCCACGGGAGAAGGUCAUCCCUCCCAGUAUACACAGCAGCAAAGACGACGUGUGUGGGCGUGGCCGUCUCCACGACAACAGAGGGUACUCCUCAGACGAGGAGUCGACGACGAGCACUCAGACUUUCACGUCGGUGUCGCGCCACGAGUCGGACCAUCCCGGCGACAGCGAGCAGGAGGGUGUGAACAGCGAGAGAGGGAUGUACCCGUCGCGCCAGCUCCCGUCCAAGUUUCUCCAGGCUUCCGCGGGGCACGGCUCGUCCACGACCGUUUCCACGGAGACCCACGGAGAGAUGGAGCUGCUGCAGAGCAGGCUGCGCGCGAGCGACCAGAUCAACCGCUCGCUGCGGGCGGAGCUGGACACCUACAAGAAGCUGCGGGAGAGCACGGAGACCAUCCACAGCCACGGAUCGGCCUCCACGCCGACGUCGGGUUUCCAUGGCGACAGCAGGGGGCGGGACCUGCUGGAGGAACACCUGGCUGAACUGCGCGCGUUGCGAGCGAGGCUUGAGGACUCGCUGAGCUCCAACGAGCAGCUGAGGCAGGAGUUAGAGGAUAAAAUAUCCAGCAUGAGCAACAGAGGAGGCCAGACCAACAUCUACGUCCACAGCAACUCCGGUGUGGACCAUCAGGAGUUCCCCGACAACGCCUCACACGGCUCCCAGUCUCACAUGUCCGACAAACUCUCCCUGCUGUCUGACAAAACCACACAGGUGGAUCGUCUACAGGCUGAACUGGACCAGAAACACCAGAUCAAUGAGAAACUAAAGGCAGACAUGUCCAGACUCCAGUCCCAGUUGACAGAGAAGGACCAGCUUAACCAGCAGGUUCAGGAGGACAACACCAGACUGCAGACAGACAUGUCCAAACUGCAGAAACAGCUGGCAGAGAGGGACAGGCAGACACAGAAGACACAGGCUGAGUUUACACAGCUGCAGAGGGACCUGUCGAGCCUGCAGGGUCAGCUGCAGGAUGUGUCCCAGCUGCAGAACCAGCUGUCAGACAGGGAGAAGCAGAACCAGAUCCUGCAGACAGAGGUGGACAGUCUGGGGGCAGAGCUGGCUAACAGGGACAUGGAGAACGACAAGGUGUCAGCAGAACUCAACAAAGCCAAGAAGGAGAUCAGCAGACUAAGACAGGAGUUGUCCAGACUACAGGACCAGUUAGAAGAACACCAGCAGGUGGCCGACUCCCUAAGGCUGGAGCUCAGGCUGUAUGAGAAGCUCUACAAGAAGGCACAGACAGCCGACGCAGGUGUGAACGGGUUCAGCAGUAGUGAUGGUACAGGAGGGAGAGACACCAUGGCUGGACUGGACCUGUCUGGACUGCUGGAGGAGAUGCGCAGGCUCAGGGAACAGGUAGGACAAGGCAAUAUCACUCGGGAUAACAACUCGGGAUAA